AGGCUUACAAUAUUAACUCCUGUGUUUGACUUUGUGUCCUCUUGUACAUUAUAUUUAUAAUCUUCAUGCAUAACAUUCUUGCCAAAUGUACCACGAAAACAUCAACAUCAGUAUAUGUAAAACACAAGCAGAACUAUUUUAUAUCAUUGCUCUGCUUCCCCAUUGUAAAUGGAGGAGAGAUCAAUCAAGAAGUUAUAUUCAGUAAAGCAAGCCGCAGCAGAAACAUAGCAAAUUAUUCUCAAAUGUUCUACUCGCUCACUUGGUGGUGAAACAAUAGUAUUCAGAGCAAGGUAACUCUUUUUAUUUUACAAAAUAAUCUCACGUAAAAUAUUGAAAUAUAAUAUUACAUUUAUUAAAACACAGACAAUGAUUUAUAUAUUGUCAAUGUUAUCAUCAUCAUUGAGCCAUCUCAUUUUUAUUAUGAACCCAACACAUAGUGUGUUCCCUUUGAUGCAUUGUGCCUGAAGGAAAUUUGACCAGGGUAGCUUCCCAUGUAGUAUUCCUCCAAAGGUCACCACAGUAGCAUAGGUGCGGCACAGUGGUAGAGUUGCUUCCUUACAGUGCCAGAGACAUCGGUUCGAUCCUCACUGUGGGUGUUGUCUGAAUGGAGUUUGCACGUUCUCCAUGUGAUCGCGUGGAUUUUCAAUGGGUGCUUUGGUUUCCUCCCACAUUUCAAAGAUUGGCAGGUUUGUAGCUUAAUUGGCUUCUGUGAAUUAUCCCCAGUGUGUGUGUGAUCGAACUAGUAUACGGGGUGAUCGUCGGUCAUUGUGGACUUGGUGGCCGAACGGCCUGUUUUCACGCUGUAUCUCUAAACCAAACUAAACUGAAGGUCUUUUGUGAAGCCACACCUUGCUUAAGUUGAUCAUCUAGUGGAUAUUCCAGGACUUUGGUGUGUCAGGAACACAAAGUUGUGGAUUGCUCCAUUUGCAGGCAGACAGCAGGGCCUUUUCCAUGAGGUCGAUGGUCUGGCAGCAGCAUUGAUACUUGUCCCAUGACAAUAGUCCUGUGUUUGGAAUGUUGACAGUGAUUGACAUUAUUUCUCGAUACUGUUGAACUGUUAAUUGAAAAGAUUUAACAUCCUUUUUUUGACUCAACAAUGGUAGAGGAAUGGCACUAUAUUUCCAAGUCAAUACGUUGUGUAGCUUGGAAAACACUUUGAGCUGUUACAUAGAAACAUAGAAAUUAGGUGCAGGAGUAGGCCAUUCGGCCCUUCGAGCCUGCACCGCCAUUCAAUAUGAUCAUGGCUGAUCAUCCAACUCAGUAUCCCGUACCUGCCUUCUCUCCAUACCCUCUGAUCCCCUUAGCCACAAGGGCCACAUCUAACUCCCUCUUACUGUUGGGGACUUGACCCAUACACAAUUUUCCACGUGCAGUUCAUCGGGGCAUGAUAUAAUUCACCAAGACUGCUUUACUCUUGUACUUAAAUCCUACUCUAGUAAAAGCCAAUGUCCAUUUUCCUUUCCAAAAUUGCACGAGAUUUAUACAAUAAGACACCUAGGUCCACUCCCUAAAUACAACACUUCAGUUUCUGUUUCCUUUAUCAUAGUUACUUUUUUAAUAUCUUUCAUUCAUUUGUUCUAUAUCUCUUUAUAUCACCGUCUAUAUCUCUCGUUUCCCUUUCCUCCGAUUCUUUUCUCUGAAGAAGGGUCUUGACCCGAAAGGUUACCUAUUCCUUUUCUCCAGAGAUGCUGUCUGUCCCGUUGAGUUACUCCAGUUUUUUGUGUCUUAAACCCCUAUCUCACGGUGCAAGUUGACCCAUGAGUGACCCCGAGUUUAAAACAAAUUAAACUCGUGGUAAUCACGUACAAUUAACGUAGCGGGAACGUCGGAACUCGUGGAUGCAACUUAGCGACUCGUGGCGCUAACGGCAGGUUUAAACAUGUUUAAAGAUUUCCACGAGUCAAAUUUACUCUUGAAGUUAAAAUUUUAAACAUUUAAACUGGUUGUAAGCACGUAGUGGCCCGUGUGUUUACCUUAGUGACUCUUGAGUCUACCGUGGGUUUGGCCUGAGUGCCAGAAGUGAAAUGUUGAAGAUUAGUCAGAUCUUAAUGGAUAAUGAAUGAAUGGAUGGAUGGAUGGAUAGGGGUCUGAAAUGAACUUGGAUACUUUCGAUGGGAGAGAGCUGCCGAUGAAGCUGAAGGUACAGAGCGAAGAUGGGGGCUCAAGCAUUGAUGGGAAGGGUCAACACCGGGUGGGAUGUGUGAAAAGUGACCAUACUGAGGGAAUUCCCACUUAUAUGAAGCAGAGAGAAACGUGAGUUCUACAUAGAUUAUGUUAUAGCCAGCGAGGAGACAUUUCUUCAGAUAAUGAUUUUACAAUGUGAGGUGACAUUAUAAGCCAUGGGAUAUAGACACAAAAUGCUCGAGUAACUCAGCAGGGCAGACAGCAUCUCUGGAGAAAAGGAAUUGGUGACGUUUUGCGUCAAGACCCUUCUUCAGACUGGUUUUGUGCUGUGCUGUUGCCGUAUCUCUGGAGAGAAGUAAUGGGUCUCGACCCGAAACGUCACCCAUUCCUUCUCUCCAGAGAUGCUGCCUGUCCCGCUGAGUUACUCCAGCAUUCUGUGUCCAUCUUCGCUGGUGAGGAACCGUGCAAGUUUUCGCUCUCGAACACAGAUAGCAGCGAAUUAUUGGGGGAAGAAACUCGCGUUCAUGCCGCACGACGUGUUUGACCACCUGCCCCCGCUACUCAAGGAGCUUGUGCUGAGCGGUAACCAGCUGCGGAGCUUCAACUGGGGCAGGCUUUACCUGCUAGCCUGGUUGGAGCUGCUGGACCUCGGUAGCAACCUGUUGACCACGGUGCCUCGCAUGCUGUCCAACUGCACCCAGACCCUGCGUUUCAACCUCACCCGCAACCAGAUCUCCAAGCUGACCAAGGACUUCCUGCGGGACGUGACCUCCCUGCAGUACCUGGAUCUCAGCUACACCAACCUGAAGAACAUCCAGGCCUCCAGUUUCCUGGACAGCGCCUUCAAACACCUUUGGGAGCUGUGGCUAAGCGGCAACCACUUUCUCUGCACCUGCAAUGCCAGGUGGUUCAUGUGGUGGAAUAAUCAGACCACGGUCUACAUCCCUCACCUGUUCACCGAUGUCACCUGCACCUCCCCCAAAGCCCACCUCGGCCACUGCGUCGUCAUGGUGGAUCUGCACUCCUGUGAGUUGGACUACCUGGGCAUUGGCCUCUACACUUUCUCCACCUUGAUCACCUUCUUGCUCCUCAAUUUGAUACUUAAAACAGGCCUUCAUUCACGGUGGCGCAGCGGUAGAGUUGCUGCCUGACAGCGAAUGCAACGUCGGAGACCUGGGUUCGAUCCCGACUACGGGUGCUGCCUGUACUGAGUAAGUUCUCCCCGUGACCUGCGUGGGUUUUCCCCGAGAUCCCCCCACACUCCAAAGACGUACAGGUUUGUAGGUUAAUUGGCUUGGUGAAUGUAAAAAUGUCCAUAGUGGGUGUAGGAUGGUGUUGGUGUGCGGGGAUCGCUGGUCGGCACGGACUCGGUGGUCGGAAGGGCCUGUUUCCUCUCUGUAUCUCUAAACUAAACUAAACUAACAGGGGAGAACACUGGACCUUCUUGGUCAGUUUAUUAUUUUACACUUAUAUACAUUACACAGAUCACGGAGUGUGAAAUAAAGCUGGCAAGCCGAGGUCAUGCAAGAAACGGAGGAAAACGGGAGACGAUUUUAUUCAGCAAGUCCGUUCUGGCAGAACAUCUAUCCUGUGUUAAGAAACCUUACUUUCAGGGGAUUUAAAUCUUGAGUUCAACUUCUACCUGAAUUUAAUCGAUUUACAAAAGCUUUGAAGUUCUCCCUGCAGUCCGUUUCUUAAACACCUUUACGUUUUGUGCUUUUUUUAACAGCCAAUUACUUUAAAUGCCAUUUAUUGCAUUGUAGCAAUGAUAGGCAACGAUUUGAUAAAAGCGGUUAAUUACAUGACGAGAGAAGCAUGCAGCUACAUAAGAGACACGGAGAAGCUGAUCAUCGGGUCAUGGAAGGCUUUUUAUAAUAAAAAAAAUGCAUGACAUCAUUUUUAUCCAUGUGAUGAUUUUUCCACACGUCGGUAGUCGUUGUUGGCUCAAGAGUAACUCGGGAGAGGAACUUGGUACAUCGCAGAAAUGAGAAGUAAACGGCAAACUUAGACAUACACGUGGGAACUCGUUUAAACUCGUGAACAUAAACUUGGAAUCUCGUAGACAACCACGAGUUUGAUUUUUUCUUUCACUCGGGAUCACUCGUGGGUGUACUCACACCAUGAGACAGGGGCUUUACUUCAGUAUUUCACAUCUUUAAAAAAAACGUAUGCUUUCCUACAUUUUACUAAAGUGGAUAACUUUCCUUUUCCCACUGGUCUUUGGUUUCUCUGGUCCUGAAGUUCGGUCCCAUUGAAGCCACCCUUGCAUCCUCCACAUAAACCACUCGGUUUGUCACCAACAGCAAACUGGGAUAUAUUAUUCUGGAUU